GGCUAAUUCGGCACAAGGGCUCAGGGGGCAAGGAUGCAGCUAGCGCUCGUCAUAUCAGCUUGGUUGAACCAAAAUGGUAUUUGCCAAUUCUGCCAAUGAUCCUUGUUAAUGGAUCCGAGGGAAUCGGAACCGGUUGGCGUUCAUAUAUCCCAAAUUAUAAUCCUCAAGAAAUCGUUGACAAUUUAAAACGAUUAAUCAAUAAUGAAGAAACUGUAAAGAUGCACCCGUGGUAUCGUGGGUUCCAGAACUAUGGAAAAAUCGGUGUUAAUGAUGACUUAAUCCGAACAACCGAAUUACCAAUUCGUGUGUGGACGCAAAACUAUAAAGAGCAACUUGAGAAAUGUAUAUCUGGAACAGAUAAAAUGCCAUGGAUCCUC